UGUCAGCCUUCUGGGGUCCACUUCGGUUUAUCUCCAGUCUGACCGUCCGUGACGCUACUGUUGUUCACGUCACUACCGCUACGACUGCGGGGGAGUGUUAGAGAUAUAUUUGGUAUACAUACGGUUUAGGUAGUCUAGGAUAGAGAUAGAUCUUGUGUCUUGUCUUGCACUCCAAGAUGAUCCCUGUACGCCUAUAUAUACUCGCCCAUGAGGCUCAAUAAUACAUCCAAUAUAUUCCGCCAAUCUCUCUCCCUCUCUAUCCUUCUGCACAUCCAUAGCUCACUUCCUCAAAUUCCAGCUGAAAACACAAAGACCGAGAACCGACCAUGGCCGGCGCCAAGAGACUUGCUCAAUUGGCAAAGAAGUGGCAAAGGGUGGAAGCACUUGGAAGGAAGAGGCUCGCAGUGUCAGCCAAGGAAGAUGAAGGUUGCUGCACUUCUGUACCAACCAAGGGCCACUGCAUCAUGUACACGGCCGAUGGGAGGCGUUUCGAGGUCCCUUUGGUGUACCUCAGCACAACGCUUUUCGGCGAGCUCCUGAAGAUGUCUCAGGAGGAGUUUGGCUUUGCAAGCCAUGGCAAGAUCACACUGCCUUGUGAUGCUGCAGUCCUGGUGUAUGUCAUGAGCUUGCUCAGGAAAAAUGCCUCCGCCGAUGUCAAGAAUGCCCUGCUAAGCUCUAUGGUGACAUUUUGCCACUACACCGGCAGUGUGGUGCCGGCUGUUGGAGCCAGCCAACAAAUUUUCUGUUUGUAGCUUCUGAAGAACAUGCAUGCAGAAUUACAGACCCUGAUUCUCUCUUCAAUUUUGUGUAGUUUUCUGGAUAGUGUAAGAUAGUUAGAUAACAGACAAUAGGAGAAGGAAAAUUGCAUGUAAAGCAAUGUGAUCAUCAAAGCAACAAAGCAGUAUUAUUUUGGCCAACCAGAAGUUGCUGGCUUGCAGCCAUUCUUCUCUUACAUUUGAGUUCGCAUGAUACAACUGUGCAAAGGAGCAACAAUGGUUGUGACUAUUUUUA